AUGAGUUCACCUCAGAGCCCCAGUGCUAAGGAGAAGAUGCUCAACACCUUGUGCUACGAGGUGAAUGGCUCUUGCUACAGGACCUUCUUAUACCCCUUUGGAGUCCAGCUGGCCAUUUAUGUGACCUGUGCCUUGGGCACACUGACCAUGGUGCUGGGGAAUCUCCUUGUUUUCAUCAUCGUUUUCUAUUUCAAAGUCCUGCACCCGCCCACCAAACUCCUGAUUCUCUCCCUUGCCCUUGCUGACCUCCUCCUGGGGCUGACCAUGCUUCCCAUCAGCACCAUUUGCUCUGUAGAGAACUGCUGGUAUUUUGGAGAUUACUUCUGUAGGCUGCACACAUUUCUGGACACAGUCUUUUGCUUGACCUCCAUAUUUCAUCCGUGUUUCAUUUCCAUUGAUUGGUACUGCUGUGAACCUUUGCUCUACCCCAUCAAGUUCAUAAUCAAAGUGGCCUUCAUUUACAUUGGGGUGGGGUGGGCAGUGCCUAUGACUUAUACCUCUAUCGUCCUCUAUACAAUGAUCAUAGAAGGACUGGACCAUUUCUUGAAAGACACGCCCUGUAUUGGUAGUUGUCAGCUGCUGUUCAACAAACUCUGGGGGUGGUUGAACUAUCCAGUAUUUUUCUUCCCUUGUCUAGUAAUGAUAGUUUUGUAUGUAAAAAUAUUUGCUGUGGCUAACAAACAAGCCAGGCUGAUAAACAACAUGAGUAAAAGUACUUUGUCUCAGCUACACAUGGGAGCAUCUAAGAGUGAAAGAAAGGCAGCAAAGGCUCUUGUGGUAGCUGUAGGAGUCUACCUCCUGUGUUGGUUUUCCUUUACUUUUGACACUAUGGUAGACAGUCUUCUGGACUUCAUUACCCCCCCAGUUCUGUUUGACAUCCUAAUUUGGUUUGCUUACUCUAAUUCUGCCUGCAAUCCCUUGAUCUACGUAUUUUCCUACCGCCGGUUCAGGAAAGCUGUGAAACAAGUCUUAACUCAUGGGAUCUUUUGCUCCAGAACAUCUACAGUAGACUUGUACCAGGAAUGA